AUGAAACUUGACACUCUGAGCUCUUCCCAAGCUACAUCCAUCGACGAUGCUGUUAAAGCUCUUUGCAAAGUAGCCGAGCCCGCCGAGCCUCAGUUUGUGGCCUUUCGCCGAUUUUAUCAAGAGAUAACACAUUUUGAUCAAAUUGGCGACAUUUCGAUCUCUAUCAAUAAACCGGGGCUGACAUCUCAUGCCGAUGUCCUUCAGGCAGUUUCCAGGUUAAAAUCCCAAUACAAAAUAACAUUGGAUGAGUUUCAGAAAGAUGCGUUUCCGGAUCGUUUGCCUAAGGAGAGAGAAAAAGCGGUAAAAACUACCGUUCAGCUGGCAUUUAUGAUCGACCCUUUUUCAAAAGAUGGCUUCCCCAUGGCCUACGGAAUGGAGAACGAUGUUUUCCCAGUUAAAUGGCUCCCAGACCAGACUUUUAUUCAGUUUUUCAAUACCGCCUUUCCCACUGAUCCGCUAGGCUUGUGGCACUCUGCGAUAAAAAACCGCAGCUUGACCGCGUGGAAGCUCAAACGAAGAGUAGGGAUUCAAAUAUUUCCCACCAACGACCUGGCUCAACAUCUGGUGUACAAUCCUACGAUGAAAACUUUGGCUGUGUUCCAUCAAGUAGAGUACCUCAAGGCUCAAAUUGGGCUCACGAAGCAUAGAAGCCUAGAUGAGAGUGCAGAGACUAGUUUUGCCAAUGGGACUUUGCCUCCACAGCUCCUACUUGAGACUCUCUAUUCGAUCUACUAUAUACUCAUCCCGCUGUCAAAUUGCAACAAGUCGCUUAAAUUGGCAAAAAAGCUUACACGAGCGAAUAACGAUAUAUAUUCUACUUUUGAUCCUAAUCUCCUUGCGAAUGAUGGCAUGAUUCGUCAGGGGCUGGGUGCUCUCAAGUUUAUAUACUGGGCAAAGAGGUUGAGGGUUCUACAAGCGAUUUUGAAGCACCCGCCGCCGUCGAACAAUAUUGUGUCGUGGUUUGAGAGACACACGUCGGAGAGGAAUGCAAUCACGGUUGCAAUCCUCGGUCUGUUUCUUACGGCGCUAUUUGGGCUGCUCAGCUUUUUGGUAGGAGUUGCUCAGCUUGUGGUUUCACUAAAACAAAGCAACCUCAAUUCUUAG